AUCAUGGAGGACUCAAAAAACGGUGAAGUAAAUAAAGCCUUUUCCGUUGAAGAGGCAAUUGAAAAUGGCUUCGAAACACAUAAGACUGAAUUCCAAAUGGACGAUACUAGUGAUAUAGAUAAAUCCAGUAAAUCAAUGCGUAUCGUUAAAACUAGUUUAAUGUGGUUGGUCCACAUUUUAGUAGGAUCAUAUUUUGGUUAUGCCACACAUUACUAUAUUCGAGAAUAUAACAAUCAUCAUUGUGAUUGGGCCUGGGAACCCGACGCAAUAUAUUGUCCUAUGCGAUUCUGCAGCGGCUAUGGAUUUCUGAUAUUGUUUCUUGGCUUCACCUAUUUCGGUUUAAUCUAUUAUUAUAUUUUUAAGCCGAAAUUGGGACGGACACUGCAUCGUCAGUAUUUGGUACCAUUGGAUCGAUGGUGGAUGGUAUUCAGUAGAAGGAGAGUAAUAUCGGCAAUACUGAUUGGCAUUUUGUUGGUGGCAUUGGCCAUUUUCUUGUAUUUCGAAACGAAAGAUGAACCCCAAAAACUGACUUCUCUGGUGGCACCCUGUUUCUUUAUACUCUGUGGUUAUGUGUUCUCAACGGAUCGUUCGGCCAUUAAGUGGCGUAUCGUUAUAACCGGCAUCACAUGUCAAUUUAUAUUGGGUAUCAUUUGUAUACGCUGGAGUGUUGGACGUAGUAUAUUCGAAUGUGUUGGCAAUAAAACAGCCACUUUCCUGGCAUUUGCCGAUGAGGGUAGCCGCUUCGUUUAUGGCGAUAAUAUUGUCAAUCAGGGUGUUUUCGCCUUUGCCAUUUUAUCGGUCAUCUAUUUCUUUAGUUUUGUUAUAUCCAUUCUGUAUUAUAUGGGCGCUAUGCAAUGGGUGGUCAUGAAGUUGGGUUGGAUAUUGGCACAGAUACUUGGCACAACGGUGUGUGAAAGUGUCACAGCGGCGGCGAAUAUUUUCUUGGGCAUGUCAGAGAGUCCAUUGUUAAUUCGGCCGUACAUAAAAAUUUUGACUGCCAGUGAAAUACAUUCCAUUAUGGUGUCCGGUUUUGCCACGGUGUCGGGUACAGUACUGGCGGCAUAUCUUAGUUUUGGAGCAUCACCAGCCCAUUUGAUAACAUCUAGUGUAAUGGCAGCACCAGCAACAUUGGCCAUAUCGAAGUUGUAUAUGCCCGAAACGGAGGAGAGUAAAACGGCAGCCGAUAAUAUACAAUUGGAAAAAACUGAAGAUUCUUCGAUAUUGGAUGCCGCCUCGAAUGGUGCCAACAAUGCCAUACCAAUUGUUUUGGGUAUUUCGGCGAAUAUCAUUGCUUUUGUAGCUUUCAUAGCCUUCCUUAAUGCAGUGGUGAACUGGUUUGGCACUCUCGUGGGUCUGGACUUCAUUGACUUUGAAUGGCUUUUUUCGAAACUUUUCAUACCCUUAGCGUGGGCAAUGGGUGUACCAUGGGAGGAUUGCAAUGAAGUAGCCAAAGUUGUGGCAACCAAAACGAUUAUCAAUGAAUUCGUGGCCUAUGAACGUUUGGGUGUAUUAAUUACAAAUAAUAUUAUUAGUGCUCGCAGCGCUGGUAUAACAACAUUUGCCAUUUGUGGUUUUGCAAAUCCCAGUUCCUUGGGUAUUUUAAUUGGUUCCUUGGGUGCUAUGGCUCCCAAUAGACGUGGCCUUAUCACUUCUGUGGCAUUUAGAGCAUUUGUUGUGGGUAGUAUUGUGUGUUUUGUUUCGGCCAGUUUUGCAGGUAUCUUAAUGCAAGAAGAGGAAGAAAGUCGUGUUUAUGAACGUAUACUUAAUGUAAUGCAAAUGAAAAAUAUUACAAUAGGUUUUAUUGAAAAUCAAUAA